AUGUCCAGUAUUCCAGUCGAGGCAGGCGCUGUGCCUGAUCCAGCUGCAACCUCUGUCGCAAAUGACACUCCCCUCGAGACAGCAGAGACAAGCGCUCCUACUGUCGCCGAAGUAGAAAUGGCUGAUCCUGAGACAGCUGAGGCCAAUGGCGAGACCAAAGAGGCGGAAAAAACUGAAGCUGUCAAGGCUGAGGAGGGUGAUGCCGAGAAAAAGAACGGUGAAGCCAAUAAGCCUCGUACAAAUUACAACGACCGUCGGAAUGGCAACAAUCGAAACUUUCAAGGAAACAAUUAUCAAAAAGAUUCGCACCCAGGCAAGUCGUAUCCAUUUCCGUUCUCAAUAGCUACUAGAUUCAUCACCCCUAACUUUCAUAUACAGAUCGAAUUUUAUUUCGGUGAUGCCAAUCUUCCUGGGGAUAAGUUCUUGUACGAUCUCGUUGGGACGGAGAACAACCCAGUCCCAAUUAAAACAAUCACGAAUUUCGGACGCAUGAGACGAUUCGAGCCAUAUGAAGAGAUAGUUGCGGCGCUCAAGGAAGAAUCACCACUCGUGAAAUACGUAGAAGUUGACGGUGUAGACAUGGUCCAACGUGUACAACCGUUUGACCCAGCGAGCCGAACCCCAUCCAAGGUGAUCGCGAAGACCAUGUAUGUGAAGGGGUUUGGAGAAGAACAAGCUCUGACGCAAAAACACAUCGAGAUUUUCUUCAACAAACUUUUCCCACCAAAGGCGAUAGAGACUCGUCUUCGCCGUGGCCCACAUCGCGAAUUCAAGGGAUCCGUUUUUGUCGAAGUCCAAAGUGAAGAAGUCUUGGAUGAAUUUCUUGCACGGGAUCCAAAGCCUACAUUUGAGGGGAAAGAGCUGACCUUCAUGAAAAAGCUUGAUUACAUGGAGAAAAAGAAUGAAGAUAUCAGAGAAGGCAGAGUUAUACCUCAAAAGACUAGGUAUGAAGGAGGAGGUCGUGGUAGAGGCAACGGCCGGGACAACGAUCGUGACCCAAAUGACUGGAAAAAGAGACGCGAGAAUGAUCAGGCAUCUGGUCACAAGAAUGACAAGGGAGGUCGUAACGCGCGUGGCCGAGGCCGUGGCCGUGGUCGGGGUCGCGGUGGUGGUGGGCGAGGAGGCAAUCGUGACAAUCGAGAUCGCAAUGACGAUCGUAAUCGUGAACAUAAUGGUGACAAUGACAACGCUAAGAGUGAAGUCAAGAAUGAAGUCCAGAGUGAAAGUGCCGACAUUAAAGUCGACCAAACAUCUUCAAACGGCAACAAACGUACUCGCGAGGAAGACAACGGACCUUCUGAAGCCCCAGCGCCAAAGAAAGUUGACGUCAAGGCUGAAGUCGCCUCAGAAGCAUCAUGA